AUGGCUCCUACAUUUCUCAAAGAGCUUCGUCGUCGGUCGAGAGCCAGCUGGCGGACUGACAACUCAACCGACGCGUCUAGUGAUGGAACAGCCAGCCAGGGGACUUCACCCUCAAGCGGCUCCGUAACACCUCCAUCCGUAGGCCACCAUUCCGAUCCUGCGCUGCCUCUCCAAAUAAAGGCAGGCAAAAUCAUGCAGCCACAUCAGGCACAGACGUCUCAGUCACUCCGUCCCACCAUGUCUGUUGGAAACAGCAGCAGACACAGCAUGUUUGGCAUGUCUGGUGUAGGUGCUCACCCUGCUGGUGGACGCAAUAACGUGACCUUGUCACAAUACGCGCCACGGAUACACAACAUAUCGGAAAACUCUUGGGUGCAUCAGAAGAUCUUGUUGGUUCUAGGAACCAUUGGCGAACCUGGCAAACACUCAAUUGACGGCACCGUAACCGUGAGCCGAUACGAUGACAACUUCCCCGCCAUUAGUUGGCCAGUGUGCGAAUCGCACGUCAAGGUGCUUCUCUACCUCCAGCCUGGACCCAACAAAUUUCGACUCGACUUUUCCAGCCCAAAGCUCGCCAAUAGUUGCUCUUCUAAUCCCAUCCACGCCUCGUAUUUGACGCUGCACAUGAUACCACCAAUGAACACCCCGCCGUUGCAGCUCGCCAUUAUUGUUGGGUGCGACUCGCCCGAGCAAUUUGAUGCACCACCAGCACGAGUGGAGAAGGAGGGGAAUGGCUUGCAGACGGCAAUCAGAAAGUUCCGAAUGGCCGCCUAUCUCUGGCAGGCAUUCACUGCCGAGCAGAUGUGGAGAAAUAAGCUGGGACGAAGAAGCUUCCGGUACGAGGAGGAAUGGGGCCUGGGAACGGCCAACUACCGCGACCGGGAAAAUGGCACCAUGCGUUCCGAAGCAAGGGUUCACGUCAUACGAUCAAAAAAGUCGGCGGCGCAGAUUCGCAGUCUCAACGAGACUCGAGAGUCUGACAAGACGGCCGCUAACCAGGCUUUGUUCGACUUGGCCGCCGACGAGAUCAAGGCAUACUUCAACCCUCUUCCCGGUCAGAAGAACUAUGUGUCAGCUCUCUUUCUCGACGCUCAUUGGAGCUCUGAAGAGAAGGUUGUUGCGGGUCACGCCGCAAUGGGCGGAAGCAGUGGUGACUUGCAACUCGCCAUUUUUGGCUCGCAUUGCCUGCAUAGUUACCCUUCCAGUUUUGAGGAAGUGGUGCCGGCUUUCACAGACUGUACGCCGACCGAUGCAAGCUGUGUUGCCAACGAGAACAACGAGGCCGGAAGUUCCUGGGAGGUAGCCAAUAUCGGCAUCGGGGCCCACCUACACGAGACUGGACACUUGUUCGGCUGCCCGCACCAAGAGUCGGGGAUCAUGCAGAGGGACUACGUUGUCCUGAACCGCUCCUUUGUGUCGCGAGAGGCCUAUUCGACGAGGAUGAAGUCGAAAGGCGGUGUGGUGCAGCAGAGCGAUGAGUGUGGAUGGCAUCGCCUAGACUGUCUCCGAUUCCGAGCUCAUCCUGCGUUCAGGCUGCCGAGCGAUGCGCCCCUGAAUGCUGACGACAGUGUGCAAGCAUUUGCGACGGAAAACGGCGUGGUCCUAGCCACGGCAGCAACCGGCAUCUCGUUUGUGGAGAUUUUGGCCGAAGGAGACGACGUGUGCCACAGCUGGCUGGAGUACACCACCGAGAGCGGCCCAGUGCAACGUCAGCUUGCACUCAACGAACAAGACUUACGGGCACGCUUACCCGAGGCGAAGCGGAAAGGGCGCAUGUCGAUAUCGAUCAAAUCCCACGGCGGCGGUCAUCUGUCCAUUGACGACUUUGGCGGCUUUACCGCGAAAGCGUCCAUGGUCAAGCUGGGAAGCGGCAAACUGGCGUCCCGAAGCCAACGAGUGGGCGCAUCGCAAACCGAGGACUGUGAGACGCAAGAGUUCAUCUUUACGAGCGCUAGCAAACAGGACAGGGUCAUGUCACAAAUCAUUGCAUACCACGGCUCUGUGCUGAAUGGGCUCGAGUUUGUGUACGACGACAACACGUCCCAGCUACUGGGCAAGCAGGGAUCAAAGAGAGAGUGCGACUCGUUUGAAUUUGAUGUUCGCCGCGGCGAGUACCUGAGCGGGCUAUUAGUCAGAGCCGGGUCGCGCAUCGAGGGCGUUCAGAUUUUGACCAGUUUGGGUCGCAAAUCACCCACGUUUGGCAACGCCCAUGGAGGAACCGCACAUAAUAUCAUCCCGCCGCGCGGCUACAGCAUCUGCGGUAUCUCGGGCUCAUGCGGGUCAUGGGUCACGGGCCUUUCUGUCUUGAUCAAACGAUGA